CACAUUUCUAUUCGCGCGGGAAUCCUUCGUCCAGAAAGUCCACCGAUCAGAGGGGCGCUUUUAUGAGGAUGACCCAACAGGACAACAUGGGGGCGAGUGCAGCUCCUCCGCCACCUGAAAAUGGGGGCAGCCCCGUUCUUGUUCUAUCCGAAGCCUUCACUGCUGAAGAUGCUAUCAACAGAGCUGGAAUCGGGAAAUUUCAGGUUAAACUUACAAUUUUGUGCGGCUUUGUUUGGAUGGCCAAAGGAUUCGACAAUGUUGUUGGCUUUUUCAUUAACUCCCUCACGACAUGUGAAUGGAAAUUAUUGCGAUGGCAUUCGGCUCUCAUGGUUACAAUCACCACCAUUUUCACCAUUUUGGGAUGCAUCAUAUUUGGCAUAUGGUCAGAUAAAUUCGGAAGAAGAACGGCUUUGUCUUCGUCUUUGAUAUUUGCGUUCGUAUUCAGUGCAGUGUCCGUGGGCCUUCCCAAUUACACAUGGUUCCUCAUCUUCAGAACCAUUACGGCUUUCUCAGUCGGAGGAUACGCACAAGCGAUAACAUUAUGCUGUGAAUAUGUACCAGGAAGACAAAGGGGCCGAGUCGUCUAUAUCCUGUCUGGUUUCUGGGCCGUGGGCGUGACCAUUAUGCUUGCCCUGCUCUACGCCAUGACUCGACCAGCUUAUUACCAUUGGAGACUAUUCGCUGCGUUCUCCACCAUACCUUCCCUUAUAGCCAUGGUUAUGAUGAGAUUCUUCCCAGAAAGUAUCCAUUACCUGUUGGUCAGCAAAGAGUAUAUAUCUGCCAAGAGCAUUGUUGAGGACAUGGCCCGCGCCAACAAGAAACCCCUGCCUCAAGGUCAGCUUUUCCCAGUCAGGGAUGCCGAUAAGAAGGGACGUUUUUGCCACUUGCUCAGUGCCACUCAUGCACGGUCCUCCAUGAUCUUCUGGUACAUAGGGUUAACAGUAGCGAUUUCCUACUUUUCCUUAGACGUAAUGACUCCUUACUUUCUCCAUGAUGUAUCCGAUGAGGAUGCUAUCAAUCAUACAGCUGCUAAUUUCAUGGGAGAUGUUUUCCAACCUGUUGAAUGCCUUCACAAUGUAACUGACGACCAAUACAUUAAGAUCCUAUGGACAAAUGCUUUGGAUUUUCCAGGAUUUGUAAUAUACAUGAUCAUAAUAGACGUCAUUCCUAGAAAAGUGCUUCUGAGUGCUUCAUCUUUGCUGAGUUCAGUCUUCAUCUUCCUCCUAUUUAUUCCGUCAGACAACAUUAUUAUGCUGAGUGCUUUUCUGUUCUGCGCCCGCACUUUGCUUAUCGGACAAAUGGAUAUGCUUCUCCUCAUGAAUGCUGAGGCUUAUCCAACGACAGAAAGAGGUCUUGCAGUUGGAAUGCAAAAUGCAACAUUCUACAUCGCAUUUUUCCUCACACCUUAUAUUUCACACGGAUUUCUUCAUUUAGAAAUGAGGUAUUUGGCUGGUUUUUGUGGUGUCCUAACCUUCUUGUCUGCAAUAGCAGCACCUUUUUUGACAUGGGAAACCAGAGGCAUGGAAUUGAUGGAUACAUCUCUUGAGCGAUGAUUACUUUUUCAAAGAUGUGUGCAUGAAGAGUUGUUUGGAAAAAAAAAAUAUAAGAAACACUUUUACUUUAUUUGUUA